AUGGAAAACUACGAGCGUAUCAUAAACAAGUACAGCGAAGAGGAACGUGCUAUCUUACGUGAUGAGCCAGCAGAUGUCAUUAAAAACCUCGAGAUCCUAAUCGCCCUACGCUCAGCGUCCGAGGCUGACCCUCAGCCCCGCACCGGGCCCGCUGGCAAGCCACGGAAACGGAAGACAGAAUCUGACACCCCAGCUUCCGAUUCUCCCACCACUUCGAUGGCCGAUAAGCUAAAUCGGCUCAAAAGCAGCACCCAUAGAAGCGCUAGCGUCUCAAGCAACCAAGCCCGUGAAGCGGUUUCUGUCAAGAGUGAGGAUGGAGAAGUUGUUUUCAAACACAACAAGAAGCAACAGGGUGUGGAGGGUGAAGGCAUACAAUGUAUCAUCAAAAGCAUAGCGGGGGAAGGUCAUAAGAAACGUUACGAUGUCCAAGAUCCGGAACCCAGCGAAAACGGCGAGGAAGGUGCGGUCUAUAAAACAUCUGCAGCUUCACUAAUUCCCAUUCCCCAAGUCGGCGCUUCACUGCCUUCUUUCUCCGUUGGAAAACAAGUCCUCGCCAGGUAUCCCGAUACCACAACAUUUUACCGUGCCGAGGUAAUGGGCUCUAAGAAGGACGUAUAUCGAUUGAAGUUUGAGGGAGAGGAGGACGACAAGGAGAUGGAUGUCGACCGCCGCUUUGUGCUCGACAUUCCCGGAAAAUAA